AUGGCUGCUAUUAUCUAUUACCAAGACCCCCUGGCGACCCCUUUUGUCAACAAUCAUCGUGAUUCGCUGGUCAAUUCUAAAAAGUCAUGGCUUUUCUGGGCCAAUCAGGUCUCUGCUGGCCAGCUCUCACAGAGUCAGUCCCUUUGCAUAGAGCUUCUUGUGUUUUACAAUACACAUGACAACUAUAUCACAGAGUGGGAAUACUUAGUCCGGAAAUCAAUAAUUCCGAGAAAAGGACCUAAAAUCAUACUUUAUUACGUGCCCCUAAAAAGAAAUAAUUCAGAUUUCAAAAAGUUGCUCCAAGAGUCACACAAACAAAAAAUAUACAGCAAACGGCACUCUGGAGCAGCCAGCUCCAAGAUACAACGUUCUCUGAAUAUGCAGAACAACAAUUCUAAUACGGUGACCAAAAUUUUGCUCUUAGGAUUUCAGAAUUUACAAAGUUUUAAGAUCUUUUUCUUUCUCAUCCUUCUGCUGAUCUUCUGUGUGACCAUCUGUGGGAACCUCCUGAUCAUUGUGGUGGUGUCCUACAGCCGAUCCCUCCACUCCCCCAUGUACUUCUUCCUCACACAGCUCUCCUUCUCAGAUAUCCUUCUCUCCACCACUAUAGUACCCAACAUGCUCCACGUUGUGUUGUAUGAAGGACGUUCUCUGCCCUUUAUCGACUGUUUGAUACAAUUUUAUUUUUUUUCAGUCUCUGAAAUAUUAGAAAGUCUUUUCCUGACGGUGAUGUCCUAUGACCGGUAUCAGGCCAUCUGUAACCCUCUACAUUACUCCUCCGUUAUAGACCUUACAUUUUGUCUAAAAGCUGUUCUCUUGUGUUGGGUGAUGAUGUUGACUGUAAUAUUGACUAUUAUAGCAACAAUGAGUCAACUGCAGUUCUGUGGACCAAACAUCAUUGACCAUUUCUUCUGUGAUUUUGAUCCCAUUCUAGAACUUUCCUGCUCAGAUACUUUUUAUGUGAAAUUAGAAGACAUGAUCCUGGCUGCGUCAUUUGCAAUUAGUCCAUUUAUAGUGAUUAUGGUCUCAUAUAGUUCUAUAAUUUUCACCAUAUUGAAGAUCUCAUCUACAACCGGGAGGCAGAAGACCUUCUCCACCUGUAGCUCUCACCUGGCCGUGGUCUCCCUAUUUUAUGGAUCCCUUAUCUGCAUCUAUUUAUUUCCAAAUAAGGGAAAUGUAAAGAAGGUCCUCGCCCUGUUCUACACUGUAGUUACUCCGCUUCUCAAUCCUAUGAUCUACAGUCUGAGUAAUAGAGAGAUUAAACAGGCCUUUAAAAAGAUCAAGAGCAAAAUCCCCUCUGUCUGUCAAACAAGUUAA